AUGAAGAGCAAAGGAGCCACUAGAACUAAUUCAUUCAGACUUGUGUGGUCCUAUGCAAACACCAAAAACAAGUCUGAGACAUUCCAUGUGUUCAAAAAGUUCAAAGCAAUGGUGGAGCUUCAAUGUGGAUACCAUGUAAAGAAGCUAAGAACAGAUAGGGGAGGAGAGUAUAUGUCAACAGAUUUGGUAAAGUUUUGUGAAGAUUGGGAAUCGAAAGGCAGCUCACUAUUGCAUACUCUCCACAACAUAAUGGUGUGGCAGAAAGGAAAAAUAGGACUAAGUCCUACCAAGGCUUUGGAGAAUAUUACACCGUUUGAGAAAUUCAGUGGAAGAAAACCUGGGAUUAAGCAACUGAAAGUGUUUGGUUUUGUGUGUUAUCCUCUUAUUCCAAGACAUUUGAGGCACAAAUUGGAAGCAACAAGUGCCAUAGAAGUUUUUAUUGGAUAUGGUGCAUGUCAGAAGGGAUACAGGAUAUUGAAUUUUGCAACUCAGAAGGUUUUGCUCUCUAGAGAUGUAAUUUUUGAUGAAAAUGGCAAAUGGGACUGGAAGAAACACAAAGUGAAAGAAGUCUGCAUUCCACUACCUGCAGAUGAAAUUUCAGACAUAAGAACAACAAAAGCAGAGACUGCACCUCAAGAGCAAGUCAGAGUUGAUGGUUCUCAAGUUGAAAUUGAAAGCCCUCUAGCUACUGAAGGUGUUGAGCCUGAAAACUUUGAUGAAGCUGCACAAGAUGAGGCAUGGAAAAAGGCAAUGGAAACCAAAAUGAAUAUGAUUGAGAAAAAUUAG